AUGGCGUCGCGGAGCACAGCUCGGACCGGUAAUGGAGGCGCUCCUAGUAAGACAUGUCAAUUUAAGUUGGUUUUACUCGGUGAAAGUGCAGUUGGUAAAUCAUCAUUAGUGCUCAGAUUUGUGAAGGGACAAUUUCAUGAAUAUCAAGAAUCAACUAUUGGUGCUGCAUUCCUUACGCAAACAGUUUGUUUGGACGAAACAACAGUUAAGUUCGAAAUCUGGGAUACAGCUGGGCAAGAAAGAUAUCAUUCAUUAGCGCCGAUGUAUUAUCGAGGUGCACAAGCAGCUAUAGUUGUUUAUGACAUCACCAAUCAGGAAUCGUUUGCAAAAGCGAAAAAUUGGGUGAAGGAGUUACAACGACAAGCCAGUCCGAAUAUUGUGAUUGCGUUAUCAGGCAAUAAAGCCGACCUAGCCAAUAAACGAGUAGUUGAAUAUGAGGAAGCACAAGCAUACGCGGAGGAUAAUGCCCUUCUGUUCAUGGAAACGUCAGCGAAAACUGCAAUGAAUGUCAAUGAUAUCUUUUUGGCAAUUGCCAAGAAAUUACCAAAAGGAGAUGGAAGUGGUGGCGGACCCUCUGGGCGUGGCCGUGAAGGCGUAGAUAUUGGACAAGAAAACACAAGUCAAGGAACGGGCUCAGGUUCAUGCUGCAAGUAG